CUCUUUUUUUUAACAGCCCCCGGGGGGGGUCUGCUCCUUAAUGGAGAGGAUGAUGGACGGGGGAGGGAUUCGGUGGCUCGUCCCUGUCCCACGCGUGUCCCCUCUUGCCUGUGCAAGUCCUGAAAAUGCCUGUACCCCCUGGGGAUGCUCCUGCACCGGGGCUGAGCCCCUCAAAGGACUGAUCCUGGCUGGCUUUACUCUUUAAUAAGGGAAGGGAUGCGGCUGUUGGGUUUUUGUUUUCUUCCGCCCAAAGCCACAAGCAUCACGGAAGGGAGACGUUGGGGAGUGAGCAUGAGGUGCCUUUUGCCCCCCCUGAAAUUUGGAAAUAGUUCUUUAAACGCAGCCUGAUAGGCAGGAGGGGAAACUGAGGCAGGCAGCAUAGCUGGGAGCCUGGGGAAGAAAAGGAGCAAAAUUCAGCUUGUUUAGGGUUUUUUGAGGGCUCUGGGAUACGGGACAUUCAUUUCCUGCCGGGAUCAGCUGCCAGAUGGGUUGAGCUGCCUGCGGCGAGUGGUGGAGAUGGCAGCUCCCGACCUGGCGGAUGCCUGAACCGCGAUGUUUUUUUUUCUGGACCUUGGGCUGGGAACAGCUGAUUGCAUCGGCCGAUGGUGGGGGAAGAAGCUGGAAAACAAUCCUGGGGAGAUCGGCAGAGAUCCGGCUCCUGGCUCUUCCAGUCGAGCUGGAAAGACCAGCUUCAGGCAAGACCUUGGAUCCCCAUCCAGGGCUGCAGCAUCCUCCCAGGAGGAUGCUGCAGGGAAGGAGGCAUCCCCUUGCCCACCCCCAGGCAUCUCUGAGCAUCCUCCUCAUCCUCUGUAUGGGCAGGGGCUGAUGCUGUGCCAUGAAGUGCUUUAGCAGGAGCUCCCCAAGGAGACUUUAACCUUGUUAGCAGAUCCUAUAAUUCAUGGCUCUAAAUAAAAAGGCUCCUUGUUGGCAGCAAUGUUGGAUGCUCCGGUGGAUUCAGGGCUGCUGGAGAGACCCUGGUGCAGGAAGGUGAAUUUUUUGGGGCACUUGCAAAGCAGCCCCAAGUGCAUCUGGUUUGGCUGUUGAUUGCGCCAAGCCCUCUGGUUUAAUUGCUCCCCUCAGCAAAUGGUGGAGGUAGGAGAAAGCAGAGCUGCUUUGGCUGGAGAGGGAAGGUGUGGUGCUGGGAUGGAGCCAUCCCUUGUCAUCCCAGGGCAUCUGCGGAAAGCCUAGUCCCUGGGGAGAACUACUCGGCCUCGAUGGUAGGAGAAACCAUCUCGGAGAUGCUCCGCGGUUUCCUUCCCCAGCCCUUGCACAGGGACGUACCCUCUUCGUUAAAAUUAACGGGGCAUUGAGAGGGAAGCAUGCCUUGGGGAAGGCUUGCACCAACUUGGCGGCCCCCAGCAUCUCUUGUCUUUGCUUUUCCUGGCUGGAGGAGAUGGAGAGAGGUAAGGAAACCUCCUGCUCUUCAGAGUUUCCCCUCAGAAGCAUCUUCCCUGCCAGGGCUGGAGCACCAGCUGUGGAGAGAACCUUGCUGGUCCUGUCCAGGCCACCCUUCCCCAUCUGCUUCACCCUUCCUUGCACCGAACUGGGCUGAGAUUGUUCCUCGCGUGGUUUUUUGGGGAGAGCCGUGACUCCCGCCAUCCUCCAUCCAUUCCACUGGUGCAGGAGGGAAAACCAAAGCUGACUCCUAACUGCUAAUCGAGAUGGCAAUGAACUCACUUCACCUGGCUGGCUCAUUUUCCCCCUUCACCCCACCUUGCUGCUCGUUAGCUGGGGUAAUUAAGCUGGAUGCAGAGCAGCUGUCCCUGCAGAGGCUCUUUUUUGAGAGGCAGCAUAGCAGAAGGGUUUCUGUGUGUGGCAGCUUGUUGGCAGGGUUUUUCCUUCCCCAAAUUGUAAGGAUAUUAUAGCACGGGGCGAGGAUGGGUAAUCUGGGAAGUUUGGGGGGAAGAGAUGCUGAAGAUGUGGGAUUAAGGAGCAUCCUCCAUGGGGGAAGGCAGCAGAGCCACGCAGCAUCCCAGGGGGAAGAGAGGAUGGCCUCGUAGAUCCCGCCGAGCUCCUGCCUGCUCUGCUUGGACUGAGAGGACGGACCACGUGGCCGGUCCGGAGCGGGGAGCAGCUUGGUUACAGGGUGGCGAAGCCAAACCCAGCUCUGAGCCGGGCUUAGAGUAGGAUACAUCCCUCGGGAGCAGUUUAUCAGGGAGCAAAGUCUCCCGCGUACCCCAAAACUUCUCCCACCUGGAGCGAGAGGUUUCGGAGGAAGAAAAAAGUCACCCCGCUUCCCCGGCCGGCGUUUGCGCGCGCAUUAAGCUUGCGGCAUCCCCCUUUCCCCGGGCCAGGAUGGUUGAAUCAAAGGCGUUGGAGGUUCCCCAAGUGACCAGCGGCAGCCGCGAUGAGAGCUACGGCCCUCGCCUGAUGCCUCUCCUGCUGAUAAAAAUGAUCAACAAGUCUCGAGGGAAGAUACUCGGGGUGCUGGUGCUGUUUCUGGUGAUGGUUUGGUACUCGAUCUACCGGGAAGACAGGUACAUACAGCUCUUUUAUUUCCCCGUGCAAGAAAACAAGAUGAUGUGUCCCCUCGGGGAGGUGGAAAAGAAAGCGGCGCAGCUCAUUGGGAACUACACGAGGGACCACCCGCUCUUCUUGCAGCUGAAGGACUAUUUUUGGGUGAAGACGCCGUCGCUCUACGAGCUGCCCUACGGCACGAAAGGAAGCGAAGACGUCCUCCUGCGCUUGCUGUCGAUCACCCACUACUCGCUGCCUGAGAGCAUCCAGAGCCUGAAGUGCCGCAGGUGCGCGGUGGUGGGCAACGGCCACCGGCUCCGCAACAGCUCCAUGGGAGAGACCAUCAACACGUACGACGUUGUGAUCAGGUUGAACAACGCCCCGGUCCACGGUUACGAGCAGGACGUGGGCUCCAAGACCACCAUGCGCCUCUUCUACCCGGAGUCGGCCCACUUCAACCCCAGGAAGGAGAACAACCCCGACACGUUGCUGGUGCUGGUGCCCUUCAAACCCAUGGACUUCCAGUGGAUGGAGGCGAUCCUCAAUGACAAGAAGAGGGUUCGGAAAGGGUUUUGGAGACAGCCCCCGUUGAUCUGGGAUGCAAACCCGGAGCAAGUGCGCAUCCUCAACCCUUAUUACAUGGAAGUAACUGCUGCUAAACUGCUCAACCUCCCCAUGAAGCAACCACGGAAGGUCAAACAGAAGCCCACCACGGGGUUGUUGGCCAUCACCUUGGCGCUGCACUUCUGUGACCUGGUCCACAUCGCAGGCUUUGGCUACCCCGAUUCGGCCAACAAGAAGCAGACCAUUCACUACUACGAACAGAUCACGCUCAAGUCCAUGGCGGCGUCGGAGCACAACGUCUCGCACGAGGCGGUGGCCAUCAAGCGGAUGCUGGAGCUGGGUCUCGUCAAGAACCUCACCUACUUCUGAGGACGUGGGGGCCGCGCAGGGACAGCGUCGUCCCCCCCCCCCCAAGAGAGGGGGGAACACCAUGCCGGCACGGCCAGAGCUGGCUGAGGGCAGAGCAUCCUCGUCGCCGCCACCUCACCCUGGGACUCUUGGAGCGAGCAGGGAUGGGGCUGGGGGGGGGCCCGCGCUGGACCGCGGGUCC